UGGAGGAUUGAUGAGAAACCUGUGAAGAUUGACAAAUGGGAUGGUGCAGCUGUCAAGAAUUCUCUUGAUGAUGCAGCGAAGAAGGUUUGAAUACAGUACAAUCAGGGGGGGAAAUGUACACACAGACAAUGAUUAGCUGAUUUCAACAGUCUCUUGUAUGUUAGUGUAUGGUUUUGAUAUUUUACAUCUGUUUUGAUCAUAUUUUUCCAACAUUCAUCAGGUCCUCUUGGAGAAGUAUGGUUAUGCAGAGAACUUCAAUCUCGUAGAUGGGCGUCUCCUUAUUUGCACAGUCUCCUGCCUUUUCGCCAUCGUAGCUUUAAUUUGGGACUUCCUUCAUCCAUUCCCUGAGUCCAAGCCAGUCCUGGCAAUCUGUGUCAUAUCAUAUCCUUUUAAAGGGGAAAAUAAUGAAAUUACUGCUUUGUCACAAUAGAAGACAUGCAUAAAGAUGGCAUGAUUGCCUACAGUUUUAGGUAAUUUAGUACUACAACCGCCGCCAUGAUUCCUCCUCACACUUACCACUGUACAAUAUGCCCAUCUACAGUCGCGGUCAAAAGUUUUGAGAAUGACACAAAUAUUAAUUUUCACAAAGUCUGCUGCCUCAGUUUUUAUGUUGGUAAUUUGCAUAUUCUCCAGAAUGUUAUGAGUGAUCAGAUGAAUUGCAAUGAAUUGCAAAGUCCGUCUUUGCCAUGAAAAUGAACUUAAUCCCCCAAAAAGAUUUCUACUGCAUUUCAGCCCUGCCACAAAAGGACCAGCUGCCAUCAUGUCAGUGAUUCUCUCGUUAACACAGGUGAGUGUUGACGAGGACAAGGCUGGCGAUCACUCUGUCAUGCUGAUUCAGUUAGAAUAACAGACUGUAAGCUUUAAAAGGAGGGUGGUGCUUGAAAUCAUUGUUCUUCCUCUGUUAACCAUGGUUACCUGCAAGGAAACACGUGCCGUCAUCAUUGCUUUGCACAAAAAGGGCUUCACAGGCAAGGAUAUUGCUGCUAGUAAGAUUGCAUCUAAAUCAACCAUUUAUCGGAUCAUCAAGAACUUCAAGGAGAGAGGUUAAAUUGUUGUGAAGAAGGCUUCAGGGCGUCCAAGAAAGUCCAGCAAGCGCCAGGACCGUCUCCUAAAGUUGAUUCAGCUGCGGGAUCGGGGCACCUCCAGUGCAGAGCUUGCUCAGAAAUGGCAGCAGGCAGGUGUGAGUGCAUCUGCACGCACAGUGAGGUGAAGACUUUUGGAGGAUGGCCUGGUGUCAAGAAGGGCAGCGAGGAAGCCACUUCUCUCCAGGAAAAACAUCAGGGACAGACUGAUAUUUUGCAAAAGGUACAGGGAUUGGACUGCUUAGGACUGGGGUAAAGUCAUUUUCUCUGAUGAAUCCCCUUUCCGAUUGUUUGGGGCAUCCGGAAAAAAGCUUGUCCGGAGAAGACAAGGUGAGCGCUACCAUCAGUCCUGUGUCAUGCCAACAGUAAAGCAUCCUGAGACCAUUCAUGUGUGGGGUUGCUUCUCAGUCAAGGUAGUGGGCUCACUCACAAUUUUGCCUAAGAACACAGCCAUGAAUAAAGAAUGGUACCAACACAUCCUCCGAGAGCAACUUCUCCCAACCAUCCAAGAACAGUUUGGUGAUGACCAAUGCCUUUUCCAGCAUGAUGGAGCACCUUGCCAUGAGGCAAAAGUGAUAACUAAGUGGCUCGGGGAACAAAACAUCAACAUUUUGGGUCCAUGGACAGGAAACUCCCCAGACCUUAAUCCCAUUGAUAACUUGUGGUCAAUCCUCAAGAGGUGGGUGGACAAACAAAACCCCAUAAAUUCUGACAAACUCCAAGCAUUGAUUAUGCAAGAAUGGGCUGCCAUCAGUCAGGAUGUGGCCCAGAAGUUAAUUGACAGCAUGCCAGGGUGGAUUGCAGAGGUCUUGAAAAAGAAGGGUCAACACUGCAAAUAAAAGCCUUUGACACUUAUGGAAUGCUUGUAAUUAUACUUCAGUAUACCAUAGUAACAUCUGACAAAAAUAUCUAAAAACACUGAGGCAGCAAACUUUGUGAAGACCAAUACUUGUGUCAUUCUCAACUUUUGACCACGACUGUACAUGAUCCAACAGAAGUUAGCGAAUAUUAAUUGUGGGAAGUGUGUGAAGGAAUGAUGGCAGUGUUCAUUGUGCUAAAUGAUCUAGAACUGUGCCAUCGUUGUGCAAGUAAACUUUAUUCUAUGUCAUUUAAUCUCUAAAUUCCAUUGGUGUAAUGCAAUUGUAACACAGCACAACCUAACAUGCCUUUAUUGCUUUCAUAAAACAAUUCAUCCAACUGUCGAUAUUGCUUUGAAGGCCUCUACAGUUACUUAUUUUGAUAUUUACAGACUGAUGCUGAUAACAUGUUUUUGAUAGGCUGUUAUUACUCACCUCAAAUCUUUAAUUACCCAAAUUUACAUUCUCAUGGCUUAGUAACUUAAUUGUCCUUCCAAAAGUGUUCAUUAUUUGAUUCUGGAAUUGAUAUAUCCAUGUUUUCCCUAACCGAUCCUUACGUAUUUCAUAAUGAUGGGCAUUCUAACCUUAUACACCUCCUACCAAGAAAAGAACAUCUUCCUCGUUUCUGUCCAGAAAGACCCCGCUGGCAUGGACCCUGACCACACUUGGCAGCUUUCAUCUAGUCUGAAAAGGUAGUUUUUUUUAUGGGUAACUUUUUGUGCAGUUUUUUUGGUACCAUCAAAUUUUCUGAGAGAUGAUGCCUGGUAAUGUUUUUAAUUGAUCUGAUAUUGAAAAGUCCUGCAUAUCAAAUUGUGUUCUUGUUUUCAUUUCCAAGAGUUGACAGUGUGUGUUGUGACUUCUACUCUCUGCAGGUUUGAUGACCAGUACACACUAAGAGUGUCCUUCACAGAUGGGAAGUCCAGACACACGCGGGAGCAAGAGAUCAUAAAGUCUGUGGGGGCUUUCUUUGACAGGAAUGGAACACUGGUCAUGGACCAGUUUGAAAAGUGUGUGUCAAAACUCCAUGACACCUUGGCCACUGCAAAGAAGACAAAAUAA